AUGAAAGUCAAGCAGAAGUCUGUUUGCCAGAACUGUAGAAACCGGAAGCUAGGGUGCGAUGGGAAGCGCCCAGGAUGCAGCCAAUGUGUCCUUUCGGGUCACACAUGCGAUGGCUAUCGAACAGAGUGGAAAUUUAUAUCACACACUCCGAUGAGCUCGUCUACUUCAGAGCAACACAACCAAGCUAGAAUUGUUCAAAAGGAAGGCCAAGAGACAGUAUUGGGUGCCGAUCGACAAGAAGACUCGCCAACCGGACCUAUACCCCUUCAGGUCUAUCUGAACCCCCUCAUCGUAUGUAAUUUCACAGAGUUGAUAACAAAAAGUUAUGUUCCCCAAAAUGAACGGGUUUCACAAAUGUGCAACUCGGACUAUAUUGAGCCUCGAAUCUGCGGGUCUUGGGUUGAAGUGCUGCCGAGCCUUCCAUGCCUGAACACUCCCAGUCUGGUUCUUCCGAGAGCGGUCACAGCAUUGGCAACUUCACUACUAUCUCAGCCCAGCAAGUCCGACAUAACUCGCUCCCAGACCUACGACGUGGCAAUCCACACACUCCGACAAAGCUUUGGCUUGAAGCGCCGUUCCCUUAGUAUUGAACAGAUACCAGCUAUCAUGUGUCUUACGCUGGUGGAGCUUAUGAUUCCAGACUCUGUCGCCGCUAUAUUAUCACACGUCCAGGCUGUAGGCAUGUUACUACAAGCCCACGGACCGAGCAUGUGUAGUUCCGGAUUACUACAUAAGCUGUUCGUCGGUUUUCGACCUCUUCUGGCGUUCCGAAGCCGCCAGCCUACAUUUUUAGCAUCGAAACCAUGGAUUGAUACCCCGUUCUCUCAUUUCUGCCCAUCACUUAUGCAAAGCCUCUUUAAUGAAGCUGUCAUCCUUCCCGCCCUGCUCCACCAAAGCGACUGCGUCCUAGGAAGCCCAGCCCAGUGCCAUUUGUCUGAUAUCAACAAGAUACCCGGUUCGUUCAUCAACGUACUUAUUCGCCUUGACGAAUGGGAAAUGGAGUUGCAGAAAGGCGACCAACCUUGUUAUUGGCGAUGCGGUUAUGUGUCGCAAGUAGAAUCAAGGACCACUGACGAUACACGUUCACUUCCUUUUUGGUACCCCAAUGUCACCAUGGCCAAUGUCUUUACCCACCUGUGGGCCUUCCGGAUUGUUUGUCUCUCCGAACUGAAGAGAUUCAAGACGCAUUUCCCUGGCAGUGACCAAGAGCAGCCAGUCUGGACCGGGCAGUUUGAUAAGAAUGACGAUCAUAUUCAAGACCAAUUGAUCGUACUUGCGAAAAAUAUAUCUCUGAGUAUGGUCUACCUACUACAAGAUGAGAUGAGACUUUUUGGACCAGCAUCUACAAUUUUCCCGCUCCAGAUGGCAUACCAAGCAUACAAGUCACUGGGCUCUAGGCAUCAGGUUGAUAUUGCCUACCUUGAGGGAAUCAUUGAUCAACUGGAUGAAAAGGGCCUGAAGUCUGCCAGGGCUCUUGUAUUUGAUAACUAA